UUUUACAUUUUUAAUAUCCCUCCAUUUCCGUUCAUUUAAUUCUUUCGGGGCUAACUUUCCCAGAAAACAAACAGCAAUUAGUAGUAGUUGAAACCCCAAAACUCCAUAAUGUAUAAGUUUUUCGGCUACUUAAUCGAAUUCUUCGAAAUUAGUGCUGCCAAGUAAAGGAAGAAGGCUCUUGGUCGAUGUUUCCUUAUCUGGACUGACUCUAUUUAAGGUUGGGUUGCACUGAAACAUGGACUGGAAGUGUUCAUCUUCUGCUGCUGCGUCUUCUCUUCGCAAGGCACCUUUAAAUGUCUCUACUACAAUGCCAGAGAAGGAUCCGGUUGAGACUAAUGUUGAUAUUGACCUUCGAGAAAUUUACUUCUUGAUAAUGCAAUUUCUUUCAGCUGGUCCUUGCCAGAGAACUUUUGAGCUGUUAUCAAAGGAACUUUUGGAACAUCGGCUUUUACCCAGAAGAUAUCAUGCUUGGUUUUCAAGAAGUGGUUAUCAUAGUGGGAACAAUGAUGAUGAUGGCAUCUCAUUCCCGUUAAGUUUUAACAAAUUAGUGGAGAGGUACCCUCAUGUAGAGCAGGAUCACUUGUUAAAGCUUCUGAAGCAACUACUCUGUACUCCUUGCAGCAAAGCUGUAGGAGAUUCUCAUUCUCUAAAUGCUGCUGAUGUCCCUACAUUACUGGGAUCUAGUUCCUUUUCACUUUUGAAUUCUGACAAGAGUGUGAGGAAUAGGCUGGGUAAGCCUAUGCCUGCCUAUCUUCGUUGGCCUCAUAUGCAAGCUGAUCAAGUUCGUGGGUUAAGUAUAAGAGAAAUUGGGGGAGGCUUCCGGAAGCACCACCGAGCUCCCUCUAUUCGGUCAGCAUGUUAUGCUAUUGCUAAACCAUCUACCAUGGUGCAAAAGAUGCAGAACAUAAAAAAGUUGAGGGGGCAUCGGAAUGCUGUCUAUUGUGCCAUAUUUGAUCGCACCGGGAGAUACGUAAUUACUGGUUCUGAUGACCGCCUUGUCAAAAUUUGGUCUAUGGAAACUGCAUUUUGCUUGGCCAGCUGCCGUGGACAUGAAGGUGACAUAACUGACCUGGCUGUUAGUUCGAACAAUGUUUUGGUUGCAUCUGCUUCAAAUGAUUUUUUGAUACGAGUUUGGCGCUUGCCAGAUGGGUUGCCAGUUUCGGUUCUUCGAGGGCAUACUGCAGCUGUUACUGCCAUUGCAUUUAAUCCCAGGCCUGCAUUUGCUUUCCAGCUUUUAUCGUCAUCUGACGAUGGGACUUGCAGAAUCUGGGAGGCCAGAUAUUCACAUUGUAGCCCACGCAUAUACCUACCAAAGCCUUCUGAAGUUGCCACUGGGAGUAGCAAUUUUUCGUCUAAUAAUGGACCUUCCUCAAGUAAUGUCCCACAAGCCCAUCAAAUAUUAUGUUGUGUAUUUAACGUCAAUGGGACAGUUUUUGUCACUGGUAGCUCUGACACUUUUGCCAGGGUCUGGAGUGCCUAUAAGCCUAGUGCCGAUGAUUCACAACAACCAGUUCAUGAGCUGGAUGUUUUGGCUGGCCAUGAAAAUGAUGUUAAUUACGUUCAAUUUAGUGGAUGUGCUGUACCUUCAAGAUCCUCAAUGUCUGAUAUCAUAAAGGAGGACAAUCUUCCAAAAUUUAAAAAUUCCUGGUUCUGUCAGGACAACAUUGUUACCUGCUCUCGUGAUGGUAGUGCAAUAAUCUGGAUUCCCAGAUCACGUAGAUUUCAUGGAAAAGUUGGACGUUGGACAAAGGCAUAUCAUUUGAAAGUUCCACCUCCCCCGCUAUCUCCUCAACCUAUUCGAGGUGGCCCACGUCAGAGACUUCUCCCUACUCCUCGUGGUGUCAAUAUGAUUGUGUGGAGCCUUGAUAAUCGUUUUGUUCUAGCAGCUAUAAUGGAUUGCAGAAUAUGUGUGUGGAAUGCUGUUGACGGAAGCUUGGUACAUUCUUUGACUGGUCAUGUUGCAUCAUCUUAUGUUUUGGAUGUCCAUCCUUUCAACCCUCGAAUUGCAAUGAGUGCUGGAUAUGAUGGAAAAACAAUAGUCUGGGAUAUAUGGGAGGGUGUACCCAUCCGGAUAUAUGAAAUUGGGCUUUUUAAGUUGGUUGAUGGGAAGUUUUCUCCGGAUGGAACGUCGAUUGUACUUUCAAAUGAAGUUGGGCAGAUACAUUUGCUUAACACUGGCCAGGGCGAGUCUCAAAAGGAUGCCAAAUAUGAUCAGUUCUUUCUUGGGGAUUAUCGCCCCCUUAUUUGGGAUUCUGCUGGAAAUGCUCUUGAUCAGGAGACACAGUCUACCCCGCAUCGUAGGAACAUGCAAGAUCUUAUUUGUGAUGCUAGCAUGAUUCCAUACCCAGAACCUUACCAGAGUAUGUACCAGAAACGGCGACUUGGCGCGUUGGGUAUUGAAUGGCAUCCAUCUUCAACAAAGUUUGCUAUUGGCCCAGAUGUCAGUUUGGGCCAGGAUUUUGAAAUGCCACUCCUGGAAGAUCUGGAAAGAGUGAUAGAACCCCUACCUGAUUUCUUGGAUGCCAUGUUUUGGGAACCUGAAAACGAAGUUAUCAGUGAUGACAAUGAUUCAGAGUACAAUGUUGCUGAGGAAUGUUCUACAGAAGGUGAACAGAGGGCAUUGUGUUCCAUCUCUUCUAGAGGCACAGAGAGCAGUGAAGAAGACAGUGAGGUUGAAUGCAGUCACAAAGAUGGUCUUCGCCGAUCACGAAGAAGAAAAGGCAGCCCUGAAGCUGCGUUGAAGACUUCGUCAAGGAAACGAGUCAAAAAGAGGUAUUUGGAUGAGCGUGAUGGAACUAUACCCAGAUCCAGUAGAAGUAACAAAUCAAAAAGUGGUAGAAAAGCUUCAAAGAGGAAGUCUUCCAAAGGAAAGACAUUGAGACCUCAGAGGGCUCAGAGGGUUGCUGCACGUAAUGCUCGAAGCAUGAUGUCUAGAAUCACUGUGACAUCUACAGAUGUAGAUGAAAUGGACUCAGAAGGUGAUUCAUCAAAUAGUGAGUCAGUGUCUAAAGAUUCAAGUUCUGAAAACAGCGAAACUGAGAGAAACUUGGAGACUGUAAAACUGAAGUUCAUAGAAAAGGACCAAGAGUCUGAGGACAUAGUAUGGUCUCAUGAACUUCCCAAAUUGCAGCCAGAUACUGUGAACAGAAAAAGAUUGGUCUUAAAGUUCUCCUUACGUGAUUCUAGGAACCCAGGUGCUUCAGAGGCCACCAGAUUGAACACUUGCAAUCAGAUCAAUAUACUGGACCCUUCUUUGGCUGGACCUUCAGUUACUUUUGAUGAGAAUAUAAAUAACUACAUGAAAGACCCUGGCUUAACCACUGCAGAUGUGGAGCUCUCAGAGCAUGACAGGGUUGAUCUAGAAGAUCCGAGGCAAACUGUAAAUACUGAUGAUCAUUUAGAGAAAUUUGUAGGGGACAAGGAUAACAAAAUCAGAUGGGGAGAGGUUAAAAUUCGGACAUCCAAGCGUUCAAGGUCAGGAGAUUUGGUGACAAUUGAUGUCCCCUAUGAAAACAGGAUUACUGCUUUAAAUAGGGAAGAGGGACAGUUAAGUACUCCUACAUUGCAAGAUCUGGACAGAGUGAUGAUGGAAGAGUUUGCUCCUGAUGAGGCACACAAAUCUUUACCAUCCCUAUGUGACCGUCAACUGAAUGGCAGUCCUUCGGCAUCUUAUUCUAAUGUCAGCCUCAACCAGGGAGAUAUAGGUUGGUCUAGCUUUGAUAAAUAUGGAAAUCAUGACUCCUCGCAAACUGAUCAAGUUAUUGGUCUUAACCAAUCUCAUGAGUCAAAUGAGAUUUCUCCACACAAAUCAGUGAAAUUAAGAAUAAGAACAAAAGCAAUUUCAAGGGACCUUGAAAGUCCUUCCAAACAAAAAUCCAUCACUGUAGUGAAUGAUCCAACCUGCGAUGAACGUGAUGCAAGGCCCAGAAACACUUUGUCUGCUAAACUAAAUCUAGGUUACAGCAUGCAAGAAAUGGAUGAAGGUUCUGACAGAUCUAGGUUACAGCAUUCAAUUGGUUUAAAUUCCAUUAAUGAUCAUGAUUCAGGAACUGUGUUUACCAAAGCAGAUGAUGCAGAUCGCCGAAAACAAUCCAUGAAGAUGAAGGUAAAAGUAGGUCAUGCAGUAGCAGGGACAUCAGAAAAUGAAGAAAAUUUAUCUUCAAAAGGAUACAAUGGUUUUGUAUCUGAAGAAUGGAUGUCAAGUUCAAAACAUAGACACAGAUCAAGAUCCAACAGAACCAAGCGGAGUGGUGGUUAUGACAAUAACUUGAAAUUUUUGAGUGGAAGGAAGUUGAAUCCUUCUGUUAGCAAAUUAUCAUGGUUGAUGGUGUCAGAACAGGAAGAGGGUUAUCGUUAUAUACCUCAGCUGGGUGAUGAAGUUGUAUAUUUCAGACAGGGGCAUGAAGAGUGCAUUGAACAAGGUUUCAUAAAGGGAACUGGUCCGUGGAGCUCAUGGCCACACCUGAGUGCAGUGGAAAUUUGCAGGGUUGUGGACCUUGCUUAUUCCCAAGUUCCGGGAUCUGGAGAGAGUUGCUGUAAAAUCAAACUUAGAUUUGUAGAUAAUUCAUCAUGUGCAUUUGAUGAGGAUUUCACAUUGACCUUGCCAGAGUUGAUAGGUCUUCCCGAUUUUCUUGUCGAAAAGACAAGAUACGAUGCUGCAAUGAGUAGAGAAUGGACUCGUAAGAAUAAAUGCCAAGUAUGGUGGAAGAACUGUGAUCAGGAGGGUGGAGAUUGGUGGGAUGGUAGAAUCAUUGCUUCACAGCCAAAAUCUAUGGAUUUCCCUGAUAGUCCUUGGGAAAAAUACGAAGUUAUUUACAAGGAUGGUUGUAAGUAUCGUCACAGUGCUUGGGAAUUGCAUGACCCUAACACUCUAUGGGAGCAUCCACGUAUCGAUGAUGAAAUCAGGGAUAAGCUUGUGUCUUCUUUUUAUAAAUUAGAGCGUUCAGCAGGCAAAGAUCAGGAUUUAUAUGGAUUUCAGAAACUGAACGAAGCUGCUCAGAAAUCGGAAUUCCUUAACAGGUUUCCGGUUCCAUUGUAUCCCGAAUUCAUCCGGCUUAGGUUAGAGAACAAUUAUUAUCGAACGUUGGAAGGGGUGAAGCAUGACAUAACGAUAAUGCUUUCAAAUGCGGAGAGUUAUUUCGCUAGAAGCGCUCGCCUGUCUUUGAAGAUGGAGCGUCUAUCAGAAUGGUUUAAAAAGACAAUUGCGAAGAUUGUAAGGAAGCUGUAAAGGUAUUCUUUCUUUUUCUUUUUAAAAUUUAGUUUACAUCUCGGGGGGGGGGGGGGGUCCAAUUUUGUAAAACAAACCAUUGUUAGGCAUAUUACACAACAUUGAUAAAAGGAAAGGGAUGCUUGCAAUUC